AUGGCCUGUUCAUAUGUAUUUUCCGAUGACAAAUCUUUCCUACAAGAUUUGGAUUUCAUGUUGGAAUAAUCAGAUUAAUGUCCUUCCUUGUUAAAAUGCUAAUCAUGUUCAAUCUAGCUGUAAAAGUAAUAAUCAGAUAAUAAAUCUAAUGUAUCAUGUGCUGAUUUAGUUGAUUUGGAGAGAGGAGGUUGCAUCCUCCAGACCAAAAUCGGUCCAAUUUAGUACGGAAUGCCCCCAGAAACAAUAAAGGACUGUUUAAAUUUAGGAAUGGAGGUUCCAACAUUUUAUAUAAUACCAACAAAGAGAUUUGAUAAAAGACUGGGUAUAAGCACUGCUGAAUUCGAGUUUCCAGCUUAUUUUAAUUUCUUUUGUAAAAAGAAGUAAAUAACAUUGAUCUGUACUGCUGACACAGAAAAGGCAAUUAGAACUGUUUUUCAAGAGACUCUAUUAGGUCCAGUCGAUCAUCCUGAUUUGGCACUUGAUUUCUACCAUAAAUUCCCAAAAAGUGCAUACCCAGAUUUUCAUAAAGAAAGGAGUGUAUUUUCAAGGAAUCCAUCGAAUUUGGAUGAAAAAUUGACGAUAGACCAUUUAUUAAAAUUUUGUUUAUUUGAUGAAAACAAUACAGCCACAAUAACUGAAGGGGAGAUCACAAUUAAAAUAAUUAAGGAUAGCAAUUCAUUUAAGAUCUUAGAAAAUGGGAUAUAUCUGAAAGGCAUUCAAGAUACAUUUACAUUCCCUUCAUAAUAUUAUGAAUAUAUUGUUACUAAACCAGAUGAUUAUCGAGCUGAAAGCAUGAAGAAUAUUAAAUCUAAAAGGGAUGCUGCAAAAGAAUAAUGUCCAACUCCCUUAUUGGUAAAGCAAUUACCUGAAAUGACAGUUGAAGAAAAAGUAGAAAAUUGGGUUAUUGGUAAUAAAUAUUAAAGAGGUGGGGAGAAGAAGCUGUCCGUAGUCUUAUGGGAUCAGAUGGGAGGACAUGUUGAGACUGGAUCGGCUAUUUUCUAAUUAGAUAUUGAUGAAAACAAAUCAUUUACACCACCAGAUUUUGGUGUUACCAUUCUAGGAUGUUCCCAUGGAUUCGAUCCUAAAGGGUCAACUUCUGGUUAUAUUUUCUGGGUUAAUGGAAGAGGAAUAAUGGUUGAUCCACCUCCUUUUGCUUCCUAUCAUAUGAAAUAGAUGGGAAUUCCAUCAAUAUUAAUUUGUGCAGUUAUUAUUAGUCACUGUCAUGCUGAUCAUGAUGCUGGUACAUUCCAUAAGAUAUUGGAUGAUACUCGAGUAGAAAUUAUAACAACUAGAACAAUUAUGAAUUCCUUUUUAAGAAAAUAUUCUGCAAUGUCCAAUAUUGAUGUUGAUUCCUUAAGGAGAUUAUUUAUUUUUAGACCGGCUAUCAUUGGAAUUCCUUUGAAUAUCUAUGGAGCCUACUUUAAUUUCUUCUAUGCUAUGCACACUAUUCCAAGUCUUGGGUUUAGUGUUAAAUUGGAGAAUAAAUCAAUGUAUUUUUCAUCUGAUACAUUUUUUGAUCCAGAUUAACUGUUGGUCUAUAAAAAUCAAGGAAUUCUCUCACAAAAAAGAUAUGAACACUUAGCCUUUGUAGAAUUCAAGGAAGAUUUAAUUCUUCAUGAGGCAGGUGUUCCUCCUAUUCACACUGCAUAGUCUGUGCUUGGCAAAUUACCAAAUAACAUUAAAAAUAGACUUUAUCUCGUACAUACAGCCUAAAAAGAUUUGAAAAAAGAGUUAGGUUUAAAGAUAGCCAAAACUGGUAUAGAAAACACAAUGAUUUUGAUACCAAGUAAUACAAAUAAGCAUUUAACAACAAUAAGAAGACUUGAUUUGCUUUCAACAAUAGAUAUUUUUGAGCAUUUAACUUUGAAAAAUGUGAGAUGGCUUUUAGAUUCAGUGACGUCUGAAGAGUUCUUUCCAGGAUAAGAUGUUAUUAAAGAGGGUACUGCUGGAGAUAGAUUCUAUAUUAUUGAAUCAGGACUAGCAAGAGUCUACUCAAAGUAGAAAGGAUAAGAAUUUGAGAGAUACUAUUAGGUUGGUGACUAUUUCGGCGAAUCUGCUGUAUUAUCAAAUGAAGGAAGAAGGGGAGCUUCUGUCGAAGCUGUCACAAAUCUUAAAGUGCUUAUUCUAGAGAAACACGAUUUCUGGUUUAUAUUUGGAGAUGGUCUUGGCGGGUAAGGUCCUAUCAUCUAAAAAAUGAAAUAAUUGACUGCUGCCAGAAGGUCGAAAGCUGUUCAUUGUCUAUUUAAGAAUUCAAUUUUAUCUGAAUUGACUCCUUCAUAAAAAACACAAUUAGAAAUGAUAAUGAGAGAACAAGAAAUUGAGAAAGGGACUGUGCUUUGGAAAGUUGGUGAGAAACCAGAGUUUGCUUUCAUCAUAAAGAGAGGAACCUUUGCAUUUUAUGACUGUCCAGAAUAAGAUCUAGAAGAAUUAGACUCAGGAGCUUAUGUUGGAGAAUUAAAAGCUAUCAUUGAAAAUACUGCAAUUUCUACAUCCAUUAGAGCAACCAGAAAGGCUACAAUAUUCAAGAUUUCCAGAAAGGAUUUAAUUAGUUUUGCUAAUAAACAUCCUGGAAUCUAUAUGAUAUUGAUUGAUACAAAAUAUUUAGAAUGA